CUUCAGUAAAUUCAGUGUAAAUUCGGCAUUCUGUUUUAUUUUCUUAUUUAAAGUUUAAUUAAUUUGUCGACGGUCAGUUGAAAAGAAAAAUGGACGUCACCUCCGAAACAAAUCAUAGCAUGAAAGAGGAAGACUGGGUAGCUAUUUUGUCAUCUAUAGACAACAACUGCGAAAACGAAUGUAUAUUUGAAACAUUGAAACGCAAAUUAAAUACAAAAUCAUUCGAAAAUACUUACAAUGUAUGGGCUGAAGCCAAAUUCGAUAAAAACCAUCUUUUUUGCGUUGAAACCAAAGUAUCCACGUUAAAAAUAACAUUACUACAAUUAGCUUGCAGAGAAUGUUUUACAAAUGUUGUAAAAAAAUUGAUUACCGUUGUGGAAAUUGACAAAGUCGACAGCUUAGGUCGCACCGCGUUGUGGUAUGCAAUUCAGAAAAUGAAUUCCCUCGAUAUAUUAAAACUGCUCGUUGAAAACGGUGCAAACGUGAAUGCGAAAGGAAAACAUGGCAAUACAGUAAAUUACGCGGCUUUUAAGGGCAAGUUAGAUAUGAUAAAGUAUUUAAUCGACAAUGGAGCAGAUUUUAAUAUCGAAGACAGCAAUAAUUUCACUCCAGUAGAAGUUGCUGCAAUUGGAGGUCACUUGGACGUGAUAAAAUACUUUUUAGAAGAAAAAAAAAUAGAUUACAAUUUCAACGAAAACAACACCUUAAUAAAAUCAGCGACAUUAAUGGGUCAUAAAAACGUUGUCGAAUAUAUAAUUGGUGAUAUUGAGUCACUUGAAGAUAUUAACAAAAUUUACAACGGCCCAGAUAAAAGGAGUAUGAUUCACGAGGCUGCUAUGCGUGGACAUUUAGAAUUAGUCAAAUAUUUGGUGGAAGUUAAGCAAUUAGAUGUACUGGCUUGUGAUCGGUAUAAAGAUACGCCAGCCAGUCUUGCUGCUAAGAAAGGACAUUUGGACAUAGUAAAAUAUUUAAUAGAAAAGAACGCUAAACUUAUCAGCAUGGCCAACUGCCAUAAUGGGACGCUACUCCACAACGCAACAGAAUCAGGAAACUUAGAUUUGAUAAAAUAUCUAAUCAAUGAUUGUAAACUGGACUUCAUGGCAGCUUUAAAGUUCCACUGGUCGAUUUUACAUAUACCGAAUUGGGACCCUAAUAAGGCUCGUAUGAAGUUUGACAUUGAUGACUUUAGUGAUGACCAUGAAGUGACAGUGAUGCACUUAGCGGCUGCAUAUGGACACGUGGAGGCGUUCAAGUAUUUGACAGAGGUAGUGAGGAUUGACUAUAACAUUUGCGAUCAAGAAUGCAUUGUCCCACUUCAUCUAGCAGCAGGGCGAGGGCAUUUGGGAGUCGUCAGGUAUCUCAUCGAGGAAAAGGACGUAGACGCCGAGUUCAAGAGCCGAAAUAACAUCACAGCUUUACACUUAGCUGUGGAUAACGGGCAUAUGGAUAUUGUUAAGUAUCUUGUAGAUGAUAGAAACGUUUCAGUCACCGUGACAGACGGGCAACAAUCGACGCCCGUCCAUUUUGCCGCAUAUAGCGGCCAUCUUGAAAUCCUUAAGUAUUUAUUGACCAAAAAUGCUGACAUCAACGCCAAAGAUAACAAGAAAAGGACAGCAGUUCAUUACGCUGCUAGAAGUGGACGUUUAGAUAUGCUAAAAUAUCUGGUAAACGAAUGUAACGCUGACCACAAAGUUUUAGACUACGAAAACUGGCCGCCAUUUUAUUUCGCCGCGAUUUACUGCCAUCUUGAUUUAAUCAAGUAUUUUGUGGAGGAACUGAAUGAAAAAGUGGAUUAUAAAAAAGGAGAUGAGAAGGAAUGGACGCCAAUCUACAUGGCGACGUUUAAUAAAUGUAAUAAAUUGAAUAUAGAUGUGGUUAAAUAUUUGGUUGAGAAAGGGGCGUGCGUUAACGUGCUCUCAGGCAAAGGAAGGUCGCUUGCGCAGGGUGCGGCAUUCGCAGGUCACUUAGAGUUACUUAAGUAUUUGAUUGAAGAGAUGAAUGUAGAUGUUGACACGAGAGACGAGAAUGGACAGUCACCACUAAGUACAGCCAUCGAGAGGGGCUAUUUUGAUAUAACUAAAUAUUUAAUUGAAGAAAGAGGUAUGGACACCAACAUUCUGGAUAUAGGCAAUCGAACUUUGUUACAUUUGGCUGUUCACAGCGGCAGUUUUAAGCUAGUAAAUUAUCUGUUAAAAGAACAGGGUCUAAAAAAAUUUAUCAACGCUAGACGAAGCGAUAACAGAUGGCCUCCGUUGUACGAAGCUGUUUCUAAAGGAUACGUAGACAUUGCAAAGUUAUUACUCGAAAACGGCGCCAUUGCUAAUGCUGCAGUUGGAAAGGCGACUAUGCCAAUGCACAAAGCCUGCGACAGAGGCGAUACUGAUAUGGUGAAACUGCUUUUAGAUCACAGAGCUAAUCUUAAUCCUAAGAAUUCCAUAGGCCGCACGCCUUUACACAUUGCAGCAAAGCAAGGCCAUAAGGAUUUAGUCCAAUUUCUAGUGGAAAGAGGGGCCAACUUGUUUGUCGAAGAUAAAUCACAUAAGACGCCUGUUGAUAUAGCAUAUGUCGGAGGUGAGAACACUAAAGACAUCGUCGAGUUUUUUGAGACGAUUACAAGAUAAAUAUAUACAUAUAUAUAUAUAUACAGAGCGUCAGUGACAUAAUAACGGAAACUUUGAUGGAUGAUUCAGACCAUGAUUCUGAGUUGUUAUCAAGUGGAAUUUUCCGCAGUGUACCUAGUUUUGGGCGAUUCAGCUUACUUAUACGUAUAGAAACGACCUCGACCUUUUCAUCGCAAGUAUAUAAUUGAAAAUAAAUAAAUGAAUAUGAAAAAAAAUGAAAUGUCUAUUUGAUUGUACUAAAGACGAUGGUAGGUUUUUCUAGUCGCAAAUGUUUAAUUAAGAUUGAGAUUUUACUGCGCCGCAAUGUAAAUCAAACAAUGCGAAACAGUCGCUAGAACUACCUACCUACCUACGCGCGGCUACGUUAUACGUGUGUGUGAUACAAUGUUAAUACCCAGUAGGUAUUUAGUGAAGUUUUCGUACUCUUUUAUUAAGAUGAUUAGUGGUUCAACGUUUAAAUUUGUUGAGUUUGUUGAAGUAGAUGACCUACUGCCACGAUUUUUCACGCACAGUACCUACCUACCAGUUAUUAAAAUGUACCUAAUUUAUUAAAAACACUACUCUUACCUUACCUUAAAUGUUAUUCCUCCAGAUGAAGUACCUAGGUACCCUAGAACACGUCACGUCACGUAGGUAUGCAACAUCGCGUCUCCUCCGCGGUAGGUAGGUAUCAGACGCACUGACAAACACAACACCAUGUUCUUUAAUUAAACAUCCAACAUUCUUCCAUACUCUUGCGCAGUAAAUGGUCUAUCACAAAACACUCAAAAAUUUCGCGCGAUUCGGGUCAAAGUUUGCAUCCGACUGAGCGGAAGCGCGGCGCGUCAAAGGCGCCGCCGCCGCUGCCGCCGAGUCGAGCUGACGACUAGAGUGAGAGAGCAUUUUUAUGCUGCAGGUGACAGAGAAAGAAAUAGUAUCUGUUCGUAAUGCCUACUUUAUUAGCGCGGGUUGCCAUUGACUCGUGCGGUUAUUCAUCUGUGUACAGCUGAACUUGUAGGUACGUUAUUAUUUAUUAAUGUUGUACAUUGAUAAUUUUUAAUAAUUAGUAAUUUUUAUUUAUUUAUGUUGAUUAUGGGUUCUAUGCAGCUUAAAACACAAUAUGGGACUGGAAAAAAAAUACUAAAAUUUUCAUAAAUUUUGCGACAAGAAAUUCCACUUGAAAAUUUAAGUUUUUUUCUUUUAUUUACUCUCAGUCCCAUAUUGUGUUUUAAGCUGCAUAGAACCUAAAGGAGAAUGGGCGAACCCGGUACAAGAAUCUCCACUGAUGAGACUUACAUUUAAUGAAAGCUUAUGCUUUCCCUAUGAUUCUGGCAAAGUUCUAUCAGAUUCUGUCCCGGGGUUCUUUUUCUACGGCCAUGUUUGUCCUGUUUAAAAAUGUGAUUAAAUACAGUGAGGGCUGAAACCGACUCAAGGUUUGUUGCUGAAAUUUUUUUGCUGGUUUGUUUGUUGUUGUGGUUUGUUUGUUGCAUUGCGCACUUAAGUACUUUUAUAAUUUUCAAUACUGCUUUUUUAGAUGAAUUGCUUUGAUAUGACCUUUUUAAACCCCCUGAUUGAUAUAUUAAAAUAAACCCACUGCUUCUUUCA